AUGUCUUCCCUAAUGGUCCCCUCUAUGCAUGCCCCUCAAGCAAUCGCAAACACACCCAUCGAUCGCUCCAACGCUGCAGAAACAGAUAGAAUGCUCUACCUCUUGAGGCGGAACACGCUCUACACCAACCCCUACUUUUCCAGAGUCAUUUCCUGGUCCCUCAACCCUAAAAUCGAGCCCCAACCACCAGUCGACUACAUACUGGCCCUCAUUAAUCAAGCCCGUGAACGCAUCGAAGCACUUUCAAUCGACCGCGAGCUCACCAUCUGUGCCCUGAAGACCGUGCCGAACAUCACCUGCGAGCGCAUUUGGGAGGGUAUCAAUCAUGGUCUCAAUAUGCUACCUAACAAUGACCCGGAGAUUGAUGAUAUGACGGCAACAGUGGUCAAGGUGACGGACGAGAUUAGGGGGUUGAAGGAUUUGAUAUGGGGUGUGCAGAAGGCGGUAUGGGAGGAUCCAAUCAUGGUUCAGAAGUAUCCGGUGCGCCCGGGAGUCUCCGUUAUUACGUACGAGUUGCAGAGAACGAUCCUGAGGCGUGCGGCAGAUGAGGCGGCGGCGUUUGCAGCGACUGUUAGUAGCUUGGAAAUGGAGGAGGACGACUUUGAAUGUGGAUUGGGCAUUGAGGUUCUUGAAGUGACUGGACCGACCAGUUAUGAUGGCGAUUGGGUUGAUGAGGAGAUGGAGAGGGAUAACGAGGAGCGCAAAAAUGCAGAGGGUGGGAUUGCGUAG